AUAGGUAGCUGCAGUACAUGACACUGAAACGCUGCCGUUGAGUAAAUAUUUGUUUUGCCUCUGCUGCAACCUGUUUUGACUACAGCAUAGAAGAUGAGCCAAACAAACAAACAAAUGAACAAUUACAAUAACAGUAAAAUGGAAAUGGAUGAUAGUUAUGAGUUCCAAUCCCAAAGAACUAAUCAAUAAGACACAGAGAUUGCCACUAAUUUCUUUGAUUCUUUUAGGGUUUUGGAUUACUGAAUAGCGCAGAGAAAAUGGAAACAGAAGAAAUGUGUUUCCAGAUUGGCAAAGAUCACUGGGCAUUUCUGGAUGAAAUUGAAGCACCAAUGUGGGCAGAUCUUAAUCUUGAAGUAAAAUGUAAUUACAAAGAUUUUGAUGAUAGGUGGUUUCACACUACUCAUAUGUUCCACCAGUGUUCUUCUCUCCAGUUAAAAGCUGCAUUUGCCCAUUCUGGUGAAGGCAAUGCAUCCUCCUCCUCACCAAAGCUUCCGUCCUCAGUCUCAAGAUCAAGGGGCAAGCACUACACGAGCAGAAAGACGGGUGGGAACUGUCAAGAUUUUGCAUUGAAUAAGAAGCAUCCAGUUAAGGCCUUAAGUGGGAAGACAUCAUGGGGGAAUUCAGGAUUUCGUGAGGACAUAAAACCUAAACUAAGCUUUAUAAAUUCCAAAGGAACCUCAAAGUUGAAAAGUAGUUUGAUUGUUGAUAGGAAGGUACCCAGAACUACAAAAGAUCAUUUUAAAGUUCUAAAUGAUCAAACACCUUCUGAAGGCAAUAUGAGCUCUGGAGUGGACAAGGCAAGUGAAAGCAACACAAGUAAUAUAACGAGUGAGAAUGAUCAGAAACUACAGCAGACGAACAUGGAGAUAUCAAAUCCAGCAUUUGGAAAUUCAAGCAGACUUGUUUCAGCCAUGAGAAUUAGCCUUAGAAAAAGCCGUGCUACAAGGCCAGCUUCAAGGGUUGAUGUUAGUAGUAAAAAUAAUAGCAGCAGCUGUGGAAGAUUAUCGAGAGACAGCAACUCUGUGUCAGGGAAAUCUAGUGUAGGGUCAUCUUCUAACCCUGGUCAUGAUGUUAGCAGACCUGCAUAUGAAUUGGUGCAGCAAAGAGACCAGACUCCAAGUAGCAGAAUCGAGGAAAGGAUGACUCAAGUAACAAAAAACAAGACUAAAGAAUCUUAUGUGUCAACGACUUCUAAUAUUCAAGUUAAAUGCAGAUUCAUUAAUUCUAGAAAAGAAGUAACUAGUAUUCUCUCAAAGCCAACACAAAAAGAUGCUGCAAAUUCAAAGGUUAAGAGCAAGACUUUACAUCCCAAAGCUUUAAAGCCACGUAAGGUUGAUGAACAAAGCUUAUCAACUGGUGCUGUUAAAGCUAAAGAGAAGGUCAUAGUGAGUGCACGGAGCUACAUAGUUAGUGCUGGAAAUGAGAAUCUAACUGGAAGAGUGCCCAUAAACAAGAAUCUAACUGGAAGAGUGCCUAUAGACAAGAAAUGGAGUAACCGAGACAUUGCUAAUGGAGUGAUGGCUAGGAGACAAAGAGCUACAAAACUGAAUUUGCCACAGAAGGAUGGUAGAACAAGACAUCAAAAGGGAAAGAUCAGCAGCCCAAGUAAGGUUACACAAUCAACCCUUUCUACACGGAGGGUCUUUCUUCGAUAAGUAAGCAGUACAGUACUCUAAUUUUGUACAUAGAGGACUUAACCUACUACUUUAACACACUAGAAAAAGAAAGUUAGCCCCAAUGACUUUCCUUCGAGAAACUGAACUUCCAUUUUACAGUUACAGGGGUAAAUUCUGGUUUUUACUUUCCCCAUAUAAACUGGCCAGGUUAGCUUUCAUGGGUAAAAGCUUUCAAGUCACUUUGUAUAAUUUUGAGCCUCCAUGUAACUCCUUGUUAUGCUUCCUUCUAUUCUUUAAUCUCAGCGUAAUUACGAAUGUGUGCAUAACUGUGAAUGUAGUGCGUAACUGUGAAUGUAGUGCAUUGCCAAAAACUUGAGCUUCUAUUUCACUGAGUAUGAAAUUUAAAAGAGUUCGACUCGAGUCAUGUUUACCCGUGACA